CCGCGUCACAUCCCGAUCACCAUCAGCUAUCAAAAUGCCAUAUCCCGACCUUCUCGUGCAGUCCUCAACUUCAUCUACUUCGGAUUUCUCCUCUUCUUCAUAUGAACCCUACGAUCCUUCCUCCACUCCCCUUCCCCAAUCUCUUCCUCCUCUUCUCUGUACUCGUCUUCUCUUCUCUUCUUCCCACAUCUGAAUCCACCGACCACUAUUACCUCCAAAACUGCCAGCCCAAGAGCUGCGGAAACCUAAUCAAUGUCAGCUUCCCUUUCUGGUUCCGAAGCCUUCAGCCUGACUACUGCGGCUACCCGGCUUUCGAGCUCCGGUGCGAAAAUGAUACAACAAAGCUUUCCAUUCCAGAAGAAGACUACCAUGUCCUCGACAUAUCUUAUGACAAAAGAACAAUUACUGUUUCAAUGGCAAGGUUUGCCUCUUCGGAUACUUGCCUACUUCCUUACUACAAUCUCUCCUUCAGCCUCACUCCUUUCACCAUCAGCUCACUUAACCGUGAGCUGGUCUUCGUCUACAACUGCUCUGCGCGGAAAGAUGGAUUUGUAGCGAUCACUUGUCAUAACAACAGGAGCUACGCGUAUCUCGGAGGAACUUAUCGGAUUGAGGAGAGCGAGGGUUCUUUUGGUUCUUGCUACACGGUUGUCAUGCCCGUGCUGACUUCUCCUGAUCCUGAUGUUAAGAAAUAUCCUCAGCUUCUGGCUAAUGGGUUUCUGCUGAACUGGACUUCACCGGAUUGUUCUGAGUGUUCGCGGAGUAAGGGACAGUGUGGAUAUAAUAAUGAAACAAGAAAUUUCAUGUGCAUCUGCCCUGAUAGAGCUCAUUGGAGGAGUUGCUAUGAGGGAAGUUCGAAGACUGCUCUUACAGUAGGACUUAGCACAGCAGGAGGUUUGAGCUUCAUCAUAUUUUGCUUGCUCUGCUUUCUUCUCUACAGACGCAAGAAGAAAAAACAGUUUGCGAAAUCAAACCUCUUCGACCGAAACACUUCAUUAAUGAUGUCCAAAUUUGAAUGUGAACAGGGCUCUUCUCUCACAUCUCCCAUCUUCUCCUAUGAUGAGCUUCAUGAAGCAACCAAUGGCUUUGAUGCUUCAAAUGAACUUGGUGAUGGGGGCUUUGGUACAGUCUACAAAGGAAACCUGAAAGACGGCAGAGUAGUAGCAGUGAAGCGGCUAUAUGAGAACAACUACCGUCGGUUGGAGCAAUUCAUGAAUGAAGUUAAGAUCCUCUCCCUCCUUCGCCACCAGAAUCUCGUAACUCUCUAUGGCUGCACUUCCCGCCGCAGCCGCGAGCUCCUCCUCGUCUAUGAAUUCAUCCCAAAUGGCACAGUCGCAGACCACCUCCAUGGAUCCCAUGCCUCAGAAUCUCUCUUACCAUGGAAAGUAAGGCUAAGCAUUGCCAUCGAAACAGCAGAUGCUCUGAACUAUCUUCAUUCCAUUGAGCCACAAAUCAUCCACAGAGACGUCAAAACAACCAACAUUUUACUCGACAAUAGCUUCCACGUGAAAGUUGCAGACUUUGGCCUCUCACGUCUCUUGCCACUUGAUGCCACUCAUGUCUCCACUGCUCCGCAAGGCACUGCGGGCUAUGUUGACCCAGAGUACCACCAAUGCUAUCAGCUCACUGAUAAGAGUGAUGUGUACAGUUUUGGAGUUGUAUUGAUGGAGCUCGUAUCUUCAAUGCCUGCAGUUGAUAUUAGCAGGGAUAGGAAUGAGGUGAAUCUGUCGAGCUUGGCAAUUAGGAAGAUUCAGCAGCAGGAGUUGGAUGAGUUUGUUGAUCGAAGGUUGGGUUAUGAUUCGGAUUACAGAAUAAAGGUCAUGAUUAGCGAGGUAGCAGCACUGGGAUUGCGGUGCUUGCAUUCGGAAGGGGAGGUGAGGCCUGGAAUUAAGGAAGUACUUGAGAUUUUGAGGGCGAUUGAGAAAAGUGGAUGGAAGAGUGAUGAUUCUCUGUUGGCUGAUACACAAAUGAAGGAAGAAGCAAGAUUGUUGAAGUCUGGUUCUCCUUACUCACCUGAUUCCGUGACUGAUAGAUGGAAGAGCUCAUCUUCGUCCAUGACUAGUUUUACUACUUGAGUUGACCAGUGGCAACUACAUCUUCAUUAUGGGGUUGUUUGGGUUUAUGGGUGAUAAUUUUGAGGUACGAUAUUUAGAUGCAAAAUAAAGCGUAGUUUGAUAUAAAUCUGUAAGUAAAUUUUUUUUUCAACUACAAAGUCUAAAUGCAAAGCGAAUGAAAUCAAAUUAUCU